AUGAUCCCGAAACUCUAUCGCUAUUAUAUACUUCUGCUGAGUAUUUGUCUGUUUUCCACGGAAAUCUGUUCGUCGUCAGUGAAAGAAGCAUUGGAAGAACAUCUCAAAGAUAUAGCUCACAAUGAUAAUUCAGAAUCACUCAAACUAUCAAAAGAAAAAGAAGAGAAGAAUCAUCACAUCGACAGUGAAAUUAAAGACAUACAUUCCAAUCAAUAUUCUAAAUCGAGCGAUGAUUCAAAGUUUUUGACGAAAGAUCAUGAAUCCAAAAUUGCAUCCGAUAAAGUUGCCUACGAGGGAUAUAAUACCAAACAAGAUAAAUUAGAAGACAGUCAUACAGACGGUUUCAAAACUGGACAUAAAAAGGGACAUCAUAAACAAGGUUUCCAAAAUUCCUAUCAUAAAGACGAAUCGUCAAACAAAAGCACUUAUUUCGACGACUUCAACGACGAGGGAGAUCGAAGCGGAUACAAUAGUAAAGUUAAUAGUUAUGAUAAUCACAGCGGCAGAAAUUAUCAAGGUUCACGUAAUAAUGAACACGACAAUUUACGACAUAAUUACAAUUCUAGGGGACACAAUAAGUACGGAGAUGUCGCUGACAAACAUCUAAGAUACCAGGAUGAUGAAAAUAAAUAUUUAUCGGACAACUUACAUCAUUACAAUAAACAUGGCAACGAUCACGGAGCGUACGACAGAGGAAAAUAUCAUGAGCGCUACGAACACAAAGCUCCUGUACCUCAUCACAACCCUGACUGGGAUUGGAAGGAACGGAGAAACUGGGAUUGGAAUAAUAGAGAUUGGGCGAACAGACGGGAUUGGGAUCAAUCGAAAUGGCAGCAGGAUCCAAGGUGGGAAAAUGAUUACAGCAGACCAGGAUAUUACGAUGACCAUGGGAUACGCCACGGCGGUGGGUUCAGCCAUGACCCUGAACAUGGAUAUGGCUAUCGUUAUGGUGAAUCUAGAUCCGACCCAGUGGCAGACCUACCACGACAUUCCCCCGUGGUCGCGCGAAGAAAGCAAACCAUAACUAUAUACGAAGACCCAAGAUAUUCCAACCAACAGAAUAGUAAGGUGAGGAGAGAGGAAGGUGAUUACAUCGAACUCGAUUUCCAACCGAGCAGCAGAAAAUACGCGACCUACGACGAUACUUAUUAUUCCAGAAGUUAUUCACCUCCAGAAAAAAAACAGGCAAAACCAAGCGAAAUUAACAAACUCGUUUAUAAUAGACGACAAUAA